ACGACUGGUGUAAAAGUCUUUUUAAACGAUAUCACCCCUGGCGUCGUUAUCGGAAAUUUGCUGAAGCUUGAUUCGUCUCGCGGAACGAUUGGAAAAUGGCCGCAAAUAUGGAAAUGUCAGAAUGGAUCAAGUUUUUCACUGCUGCUGGUAUUCCUGCUGGUUCAGCUGCCAAGUAUUCUGUGGUGUUCCUAGACAACCGCAUCCAGAAGAGCAUGUUGAUGGACCUCACCAAGGAGUACCUGAAGGAGAUGGGAAUCUCCAUCAUGGGAGAUGUGAUUGCUACUCUCAAAUAUGCCAAGACAGCUCACAUAAAGUAUGAAAAUGAGAAGCCUGCCUUAACAGCCUUGUCUACUAACCCAGAUGCCAAGGUGGAAGUGAAGCGACAGACUACCGCUGGAAACAGAAUGCUGGAGCACUACAUGAGAAAAGAAGGCCUCAUGGAGGGAAGUAGUUCAAAGGUCACUGUAUCACCCUCCAUGGCAGUCAGGCUUGGAGCUGUACCAGUUGGAGUGGACAAGGCUGAGGAUACAUUGAGCAGUACAAAGAAGACAUGUGGGAUACUAGGAGACACUGCAGAGGUGACUCCAGUCAAAAGGCCACGUAUGGUGAAGCCAGAGGAGGAAGGGAAAUACGUCAUCAGCCUGCCCAAAGGAACCACGCCAAAGACAAUGAAAAUCUUGGAGCAGAAACAACAGCAGCAUAAAGGAUUAGAAGAAGAGAAAACUUCUUCAGUUUUUGCUCGUCUUGGAUCAGGGAAAAGCCCAAUGGUCACACAGCCAGUGCAACAAUCGAAGAAUGCGGAAACAUCAGCAGCAAAGACUCCUGUUGGAUCCAAUGUGUUCAAUCGCUUAGGUAGCCAGCGGAAGAGGGUUGUCUCAGGUUCGCAACCAGUUGAGUACCAAGGUGUAUUGAAGUCUCUUACUUCACCAUCCCUCACACCAGCACCAGCUGCUACUACAGUUCGAAUCACAAAACCUACACCAGUGCAAGUUACUAUGGGAGCUUCAAAGCUGGUUUCUGCCACGCCAGAAGCAAGUCUCCAGAAGAGGUUAGGAAAGAAGGUUGUCACGCCAAACCGAGUGACCACGUCUGCUGAUGGUGCUAAAAAUGUCAUGGCUAGACUUGGAGCACUGCCUGGAAAACCAAGAGUAGUGGCAACUCCUCCCGCCAGCACCAAGCAAAAGGUGACUGUGACUAUCGGUGGAAGGAAGAAGGUGGCAACCAAAAGGUCAGCCUUGGAUCGUCUUGGUGUGCAGAAGCCAGAGGUAUCCACAACCACUCACAUGGAUGCCUUUGGGGUGAAAUCAAAGGUGCAGGAUCGCCUGGGUGGAGCAGAGCCAAUGACAAGGACAUUAGCAACAGGGACUGUCAAGUUAGCUUCAGAGAGACCCAUCUUCCAGAAGUCAAUGCAGGCCAGGCUUGGGGCACCAGCCAAUGCCGCAAAGGUUAGCAGUGUUAGGAAAGAACCUGGCGUGAAGCAAAGAGUGACGGUAACCCUAGGAGGAAAGCCAACCGCCAUGCAGAAACGACUUGGCAAAGCAGGACUGGGGGCAUCCAAGGUGGUAGCUUCCCCUGCCACAGCAAGCACAAAGGUCCUCAAGAGACUGGGUGCUCCAGUGGGGUCACAGGUGCCUAAGAAGAAGUCUACGAUGCAGGAUAGGUUAGGUCUGAUGAGAGCAGAGGCUACAUCCACCACACCAAGUAUCACUGUUACGAUGGGUGGACCAGGAACAAGCAAGAAGACUGCUGGUCAGGUGUCCAAACAAAAUGUAUUCAGUCGAUUGGGAUCAUGAGUGCUUUCAACCGUUGCUUUUUUUUAUAUAUCUAGAGACUAUACAGAAUAUUUAUUCUUCUUUGUGGAUGAUAUGUACAACUUGAUGCUGAAAAGCAUUAUUUGGAGAUCCUUUCUCGAUACAAAUAUCCUAAGACUGUCACCUGUUAUCAGGAAGUUCAACUGGCUACUAGUUUCUUGGUGUGAAAUUGUCUUAAAAAGUUUAAAUUAAUGUCAGCUUUAUGUAGUUUAUUUGAAAUACCAUGUGUUACUUUGAAAUAUGAAGAAACAUUUAUUUUAGAUACGUGUACAUAUCUCAACAUGAUAAUUAAUUCAGUUUAUUUUAUUAGAAUGAAUUUGUUUUGCAAACAUGUACCACUGUUUCUAUAGCUACAUGUACCUGUACAUUUGACAAGGUUGCAUUGUGCUGUUAAAAAUAUAAAAAAAACCUAAUAGGUUUUAGAGGGUUUUAAAUUAGAUAAUAGGUUAAAGUUCAUAUAAAGUCUCAUAAGCAAAUGUCUCAUUUGUAUCUGAUCUUUGUACAUUAUCAUUUUAGUCGAUUAAAUAGAUAGUGGGACAUUCAAAGAUGAUUUAGAUUUUGGGCAUUCUGAAAUGGAAUAUUAGGAGACAAUGCUUGUUGAAAAAAUUAUCAAGAUUCCCUAUAUUGAUCUGAAUCUUCAUUUACUUGUGUAUGUUUGAAACUCCUGUCAUGAAUUCAAAUGUAUGUUUGGUGACUUCUAUCAUUUAGUGUAUGGGCUUAUGUCUUUUUUGUUCAUUACUUUCAUUUUUUAUGUUACACUAUGGUCUACAUCACUGUUAAUUUUUUUAAUAUCCAUUUCUUCUUUUUUUUUCAUAUAGAAAUUAGCAUGCUUUUAAUUUGUUCGUCAUGUUUUAAAGUAAAAUGUUUGUUAAAAACAUUAUUGCUUUAAAAAAGUAUCAUGUAAGUUUAUAUAUG